ACACACUAGUAGUCUUCCUCAGUUUCGGGUUGGUCAGUAUAAAGAAUCGUUAGCAUUUGAUUAGGUGCGAGUGAAAUGAGAAACUUUUACACUCAUUUAAAAAUUGUUCGUCAACAGCUCAAGAAACAGUUUAUCUCGGAAUUAUCCGGUCGUUUGUUCUAGAGCAGAAAGGCUCGCAAUACUCGUUAAAGAAAAAACCUCGGUAGUGAUGCAUCCAAGCCCCAUUGGACGGCGCAGACGUUGAGGUAUCACCCGAGUUCAGGCAGAUGUUCUUCCGAAGACAGCGACGAUCUUAAAGAGUCUUUAAGACACUUGGCAUCGCUGUCUCAUCCGUCUCCUCGUCUCGCUUUCUGGGGAGUCACGCGCAAUCAGACAUUUGGUCCAUUGAGGUUUACAAAGUUCUUAAAAAGCCGUCCGCGUGAGUCGCUAACGCCGCCUCUUCUUCCGCUCACCUCCUGAGGAAUGACCCGCGGAGCAGGCCGCGCCGUCGCCUUCAAUCUCUGGGUGUCUUUGACGGGGAGGGCCUAGGUUCGAGGUGGCAGGAUUUCCAGGAGGAUUUCCUUCCAGGAGGCCAGAAACAGCCAUGCGAACGCUCUGCGCGCUGCUGCUAGUGACGCUAGCGAGGGCAGAGGUGACGUUUUACGCCACGAAGUGCUGCGGCGCUUUCGAGAUGCUUGCGGGCGACGGGCAGUCGUGCGUGGUGGCCCCGUGGCCCCGCAACUACACCCUGGAGCUGCAGCAGCGGAGCGACCUCACGGCCAUCGAGCUGCGGCCCGGGGUCCUGCCGUGGGUCCGCCACUGGAUGCCGCCGGGCCUGUCCCUGGAGCGAAAGGCGGACGCGUACUUGAGUUACCUCCCGCGCCUGCACGCCAAGUCGUCGGUGCGGGCGGUGGCGGAGGCGACGCAGUGGGACGAGCGCCGCGCGGAGGCUGAGGGCGCCGCCUACUGGCGCCGCCGAGUCGUCUUCACGAAGUACGGCGGCGCCGUGCGGCGCGAGUCCUUCCACGCGGUCACCGCCACCGUGCGGUCGUUCGCGUGCUGCGUGGACGCCGCCAGGCCGCCGCUGGCGCCCUUCGCGCUGGUCGUGGAGAAGGACUGCGACGUGGACGAGUGCGCCUCCAAGUGCUGCGAGGAAGGGAAGGUCGCGGAGGCGAAGGGCGAAGGGUGGAAGUGUCGGGAGGACGCGCGAGGCAACUGGUCGCCCGACAUAUCGUCCUUCGCACGCUUCCUACCAGCGGAUUUGCCCUUGGAACGAAGGCGCGGCCUGAAAUGCGGCUCUGCGCCGAAGCGCGGCCUGCGCUUGACGCCCGGGGACGCGCGGGAGGCCUACUUGCUCCGGCGCCGCUACCACAACUUCCUCUUCUCCUCGUGGGGCACCUGCGUCGACUUCGAGCGCCGCGGGAACGACUCCUCGGGCGAAAUCCUCAUUUACUGCGAGGUCUCGCGGAUCACGAGGGGAGUCUAUUGGCUGCUGCGGCCCCUGUGCUUCCUGUCGGGGUCGCUGCUAGUGGUCGCGCUGCUCUCCGUCGUCUGUGACAGCGGCAUGCGCCGGAAGGCCCAUGGCUGGUGCUUAGCCUGCCACGCUGCUUGUCUGCUGGCGUUCAACUUGGGGCAGAUGGCGUAUUACCUGUUAAUAAGCGACGAAAUCGACGACUUAGGAUACGUCGCUUUUCAUCUUAAGAAGAUAUGCACACGAUUCGCGUUGUCGAUGUACUUCGUAUCCUUGGCUGCCAACUGCUGGCUCACGGCGUUGUGUUUCAAUAUGACGUUGGGCUUCGGCAAGCUGCAGAUGGCGCGGCCGGGCAGUGGGGACCGCUGGAGGUUCGUGGGGCUUUCUGUCUUCGCUUGGGGGCUGCCCGCGCUGAUGCUCGGCCUGUGCUCCCACGCUUUUGAGAGCGAUGCAAAGUCUCAAAAGUGGUUCAGCCCAUCUCUUAUGGAAACACGGACGUGCUUUAACGAAUUGGCGUAUACGAAACUUAAAAAUAUAUAUUCGUUGGCGGAUCCAUCAAUAAAGCCGGGAACUGCGCUGUUCUAUUAUGGUCCUGUGUGCUCUUUGGUCGUAGUCAACGUCAUCUGCAUUGCACGCACUCUCAAGAAGGUUCAGUUCCUCCGAAGAGGCAACUCCGUCCUCCACAGGGACGACGACAAAGUGCGCCUCACGGAGGCAGGGGUCCCGCGAGCGGACAACGCAAGAAACAGAGACGGAGUGCGUUCGGCAGUUGCGGACGCAAAGACUACAUACAUU